AUGCGCGGCUCGCAAGGUGCGGUGCAGCAACCAUACUGUACUGACGACCACAUCCUCCUGUGGAACGGUGAGCUCUUCAAUGACGAGCUCAACGGGCCCAGCAGAAGCGACACUAUUGAGGUUUUUGAUAGGCUGUGCGCAACUGAGGAACCGAUCAUCGCUUUGGAAGCUCUGAAAGGACCAUUCGCGUUCGUAUAUUACGAUGCGAGGCGGGGGGAGAUCUGGUUUGGCCGUGAUAGACUCGGCAGAAGGUCUUUGCUGUUAUCUAAUGAUACCGAAAAUGGUCUGACGAUAGCCUCUGUUGGGAGUAUUGGUGGAAAAUUUGAGGUUGCUGAGGUUCCGGCUGAAGGUAGCGUGUACUGCCUUGAUUUGAAGAGCCGUCGAAUUCGGGAAGUCCCCUACCCUACUGGAGUUCCCUUUAGAAAGGAAGCCUUCUGGAACACCAACACGACCGACACCGGAACGCCAGAAGAGUUUCUGGUAGUUUUACGGCGAGCGGUGGCUCGUCGUGUCCGCAUGUUGGACCAUCCUGGACCUAUUGGUAUCUUGUUUUCGGGUGGUGUCGAUUCGACGACUCUCGCCGCGCUCGCCCUAGAGGAGUCGGACAGGCAAGUUGAUCUCCUUACUGCUAGUGUAGAUGGAAGGGACUCGCCCGAUCUGAGGACAGCCCUGGUCAGCUAUCAGCGCCUAGCGGAGGUCUACGGACGUGCGAGAGUGCGGCUGAUAUUGUGUGGAAUUGACGCGAGUGAUAAGGGUAUGUAUGAUCGAGUGAUGGGUCUAAGCAGCCCUGAAGUGACGCAUAUGGACGUGAACAUAUCAGCAGCGUUAUGGACGGCAGCUCGGGGGGAAGGGGUGCUCGUUGAGCCCGAGCAAUGCGGAAAUGACGAGUUCCGUCGGGCUGUGUUGAGGGAAGAGAACGAGGCCUCAGCGGAGUGUAGGCGGAUGGCUGUGCAUUCGGAGCCGGUAAGGAAGAAGUGUUCGAGUGAUGGUUGCUCUAGAGUGGCUAAGGAGAGCUGCAUUCGAGGAAUGUGUAAGUUCUGUUGUCGUAGAAAGGCUGACGAGGGAGCUUCGCCUUAUUGCCGCACGCACAAGGCGGGGGAGCUACUUCGGAAUGGCGAAGUAGAUCGCGUUCCACUCCCGCUGGUCCUCACCAGUGCUGCUCCUAGAGGAGCGUUGGUUCGAUCGGAGGCUCGAGUGCUGUUGGUCGGCCAUGGUGCGGAUGAGGUCCUGGGUGGUUAUGCUCGGUAUCGGACCAGCGAACUCAGAGGAGGCCUCGAUGGGAGGAGGCGAGAGAUGCUCAGAGAUCUGCAUCGGCUUUGGCGACGGAACCUUGGGAGGGACGAUCGAGUUAUGAGUGAUCAUGCUCGAGAGCCCCGGCACCCCUAUCUGGAUGAGGACCUCCUCAACUGGAUCGGCCGCCACCGACUAUGUGAUAGUAAUGUGGAGACGAAACCGUUGUUGCGUGGUGCGUUGAGAUUAAUCGCGGGGGGAGCGUUGGGGGACUUGGCAGGAUUUAGGAAAAGGGCUAUACAGUUCGGCACGAGAAUCGCUAAGGUUAACAACGUGGCUCAUUUUGGCAGCAACAGACAGGGAAAUGGCGAACGGAAGUUCAGCGGGUUGUGA